CGCGUCGCUCUGAGCUAGCGGAGCGUGGGCGGCCGGCCGUCUUCUGACUCCUCAGCCCAGCAGCCGCGCUCAGGCACAAAUCCUGAAGAGCCCGUGGGCAUGGACCGCUCAUCUGUAAAGAAAGUGGAGACAUGACCUUGAGAUUUGGCUCAGACCCAGCAAUGCCGGGGCCUUCGCAAGUCUGAUUUUCCAGGACUCCAGUGCCUGUUAGUGUGGACGGAGGACACGGGGCCCCGACCAUGGUCACACUCAUCACUGAGAAGCUGCAGAGCCAGAGCCUGGACGACCUCACCUGCAAGGCCGAGGCUGGCCCGUAUUCUGCUGAAGCCCUGAACAAGAGCGGUCGUCUGUUCCCUUUGGAGCUCAAUGACCAGAGUCCCUGGAAGGUCUUAAGUGGAGGACGGCCCGUCGGAAGCCAGGCAGCCACAGGCCCUGAUUUCUCCUUCCUGCCGGGCCUGUCUGCUGCUGCUCACGCCAUGGGUCUUCAGUGGCAGCCAGAGUCCCCGGGCCCAGGUGCAGGCCUGGCUGCAGCCGGCACUGUGGACCCCAGUGAAAGCACAGGCUUGUCCCCGGCCCCACCAAACAAGCGACAUUGCCGGUCUUUGUCAGAACCCGAGGAGCUUGUGCGCUGCCAGUCCCCCUGGCGCCCUGGCAGCUCCAAGGUCUGGACUUCAGUCUCCAAGAGGCGGUACAACAGCGGCAGGAGCGCCAUGCUGCAGGGAAGCCCCGGCGCCGUCCUGCCGAGGCAUGCUGUGUGGUUGGCUGGUCUCACUUCACCUGCCACGCCCCGGCCGUCCUCGGCCAGCAGCGGCUUCGUGGACAGCAGCGAGGGCAGUGCAGGCUCAGGCCCACUCUGGUGUUCUGCGGAGCCCUGCUUGCUCUCCACGAGGUGCCGCCUGUCCCUCUCACAGGAGCAACUCGCAGGUGCAGGCACUCCCCUGCCCUCAGCCAGCAGCAGCCCCACGUCCACGCCUGAGCUGGGCUGGCACCGCGGGCUGCUCCGGUGCCGCUCACAGCCAUGCGUGCUCAGUGGGAAGAGGAGCCGGCGCAAACGGAGGCGUGAGGAGGAUGCCAGGUGGACACGCCCAUCCUUGGACUUCCUAAAAAUGACCCGGACUUUAAAAAAUUCAAAAAGCCUUUGCUCCCUCAAUUACGAAGAUGACGGUGAGGAUGACACCCCAGUGAAGAUGGUUCUGUCCUCCCCGUGUGACUCCCGGGGCCUCCCUGGCAUCACCAUGCCUGGCUGCAGCCAGAGGGGCCUCAGGACCAGCCCUGCCCACCCCAGCCUGUGGGCCUCAAGGGAGUCAGUGACCGGUGAUGGCUCGAGCAGGAACAACAGGGACCUCAGUGAUGGGGACAGUGCUGGGGAGGAGGGCAUCUUCCCCCGGGCCCACGGGGAGCUGGACCUGGAGCAGAUCGAGAACAACUGAGGCUGGUGGGGGCUGGUUGGGGCCACUGCUGCCGCCUGCACCUGCCCUGGGGCACAGAGUAGGUUUCAUAUUGCUUGGAACAUUAAGGCAUAAUUUUGAUUCAGUUUUUCCUAAAGAAACAUUUUGCAUUUUUAUGGCUUUUGCAGUUCGAGAGAAAGCUUCUCUAUUUGGGAUGCAUUUCAGAAGGGCGUUCUAUUAAACAUGGAUCUGCAAACAGAUUAACAUGGGUCUGUGUUCCCCAUGAAAGGCCUGCUGUGCAGGGCGCCUUGUGUGCUUUAGUUGCUAGGAAACCCCAGGCGUCGGUGGUCAGCGCCCCACUGGCCCUGUGUGUCCCCUUCCUCCUGAGGGGUCACGGUGCCCGGGGCUUGUGCAUGGGCAUCUGUGCCCAUGAACCUUGUCACCCAUGUGCCAGUGAACCGCCAGUUUGUGGCCGCCUGGUUUUCUACCGGUGGCUGUGAUGGCCUUUGGGGCAGACCGAGCUGCCGUGAGUCCAUGCUUCCCGUGGCCUGGGAGGGCCCUUGCGCCUUCAGGUGGGGUGUGGUGCCAGGCCUCUGGGAAGGCCGUCCUGCCAGCAGCACCCGUCAGCACUCAGUCUGUGAAUUUAAUACAAGGCGUUUGCUUUGCGCAUAUGACUUCUGAUUAAUUUUCAUUUCCACCAUCUGAAGUGGGCCUGGCUAUGCCUCAGGCCUCUGGUCUCUGGCUCAGAACCAGACAGGGCAAGGGAUUUCCUGUUUUUCAUUCCUGCACUUUUAAUAAAAUUGUAGGGGUUUCGAGUUUGCGAUAACAAAAGAAAACAUUAA